AUGGUGGCCUCGGAUCGCGAUUUGGACACCAUGUCGGCCAGGGUCUGUUUCCGCGAUGAUUCAGACGGCACGCCAGGGUCUCCGGGAAAACGUCGAGAGGCUCCGAAUACGGCAUCUGGCUUACCGUUCAAGGAGAUCAACGGUCGCGACAAUGCCAGCACGGUGCCGAAAACAGCCGGAUAUGCUCCUAAUAGGAGUGCGAGGCAAGUUUGGACAGAAAGACUGAUUUUUGAGGAGUAAUAUCUUAAAGUUUAAAAAAUGAGUUUUGUACUAUUUGAACAGAAAGCAAUUUCCGUUUUUAUUCAAAAAUUUUUAUAUUGUUAAUGCUGUUUGUAGUCAUGAUAAAAAAGGAAUUUCAUAAAUUUAUUUUUUAGAAAAUCAAUUCGCCAGUACAAUAUGUACUUCCCGAUUCAAGGCAAAAGGAUACGACUGUGUUUUAAUGGAGAUCGUUUUUCGAAAGUAAGUUAAUUUUCUUAUGUUUAUUCAAAUUUUAGCCCGUGGCAUACUCGAUAGCAGCUUUCAAAACCUUCGACGCUUUCCUAGAGGAUGUAAAUGCAAAAGUCGGUAGACAUGCUGCUUUACUGUACGGAGCAAGACAUAUCUUUUCAUCGAAUGGAUGUUUAAUCACGAAUUUGGAUGAUAUGAGACAUAACGAAACUUAUGUUUGUGCAAGGUAAGGUAAAGCUAGGGUAAUUUUUUGAAAAACCAGAAUAUUGGUAACAUUGAAAUAACAUAUUACAACAGGCAAAACAUUAUAUUAUUUUAAAAUAGCAGUGGAUUAAAAUAAACUUAAAAUAUUACUACUUUAACCUCUAACACUUUUAAACCUAGGAUUUAAUCUUAAAUUUAUAAUAAAUUCAGUAUAGGUAGUAUCGAAAAGACCGCAAAAAACUAAGUAACGUGAAUUUUUUGUCAAAGAGUUACUUCUGUGGCUGCUGAGUUUGUUAAUUUAGCUUUUUUGAGGUUUUGUAAAUAGUAAUGGAAGGACGAGGCUUUUGUUUGUACAUUCUCAGUUGACUGUUUAGUAAGGCGUUCGGAUGGAUUCAUUCGAAAAUUUAGAACAAAUUUUAGCUCAAACGUAGGUUUUUACGAUUAUUGAUAAGAGAAUUUAAAAGUGCAUUUUUAAUUAACUAGCUGACGAUUCAAAAACUGAAAUUAGGUACCAAAAAUUUUUUAAAAAUUACCUUUUUUUCUAAAAUAUUGUGUUAAACUUAAAAUUUAUCUUAUUUAUUAUUAAAACUACAAAAUUAUAGCACAACAAAGUUUGUCCCACUAAAUUAUGAUCAAGUAUGCGUGCCAAAAUGGACGUCUACAUUAAAUAAGACUACUCGACCGUUCCAACGACCUUCUGUUACCAGGUAUAGGUGUCAGGUUAAGAGGAACAGACAGUCAUCUAUGCCAUCUGAAUGUGGUGAUCAAGAUGGGUUGAAUAACACGAGAAGCGAAGAGAUUCCGGUACUUCCAGAUACUGAAAUUAUUGGAUUCUUGGGUCGAGGACAUAGUGCUGAAGUAUUCAAGGCCAGGAACAUGUAAGUUCAUGCUUUGUGAUUUUAAAUAAAUUAACUUUAUAACUUUAAAUUUUCUAACAUUUAUUAUUUUAAAAGAUGUGGUCUAUUCUAUAUUAUUUUAGGAAAGGCCGCCUAUUCGCUGCCAAAGUGAUUGCUUUAAAGAACGACAACAUGACAGAGUUUGUUGCCCGUGAGAUUGAGCUUAUGAAGGCUUUAAGAUGUGAACAAAUAGUAAAAAUGUUCAAAACAUACGAACAUCCGAAUGUUGGCCAAGUAAUCGAACUGGAGUAUAUGCCUGAUGGAGAUCUGUUUGACUACAUGAAGGUGAACAAGGUUCUGGAUGAGUACAACUGUGCCAGUGUAAUGUCAUGUCUGGCUUCAGCUUUAGCAUACAUGCAUUCAAACAAUGUAGUGCAUCGUGAUAUCAAGCCAGAGAACUUGUUAGUCUACUUUGAUGAGAAUCAACUGUGCAAAGUCAAAGUGACAGAUUUGGGGUUGGCUACAAAGGUUGAGAAAGGACAGAUGUUGUUUACAGUAUGUGGAACACCGACUUAUGUAGCGCCUGAAGUCGUUGCUAAAGAAGGGUGAGUUAUUGCUGAAUAUGCUGUCUUUUUUAUUUGAAAAAAGUAUUAAACGGGACUACGUUUGUAAUAUUCUGUUGUAAAAUACAGUAAUAUCAAUUUAGUUAUUUAUUGUUAAUAUUUUAGGUAUUCUUUUGAAUGCGACAGCUGGUCGUCAGGUAUCAUUAUGUACUUGUUAUUAGCUGGUUUCCCGCCAUUCUUUACCCAAAACGAUGAUCAAGGUGAAUUGUUUGAUCAGAUUCUCCAAGCCAAAGUGCCGUUAGGUGAUGAUUAUCUGAUUGAGGUUUCAUGGUCGGCCAAAUUGAUACUCAGGAAGCUGUUAGCACGAUACCCGAAACAACGAUUAAAAACGAGGGAAUUGAUGCUCGAAAAAUGGGUCAAGGUAUGUUUAGUUUAAUAUGUUUUGAACUUGUUUUGAGUGACAGGAUUUUGGUAACUUAUAUUGUGUUGAUUUAAAAAAUGUUAGGUCAUGUAAAUUAGUAAAAACGUAUUGUUGCAGGACCCAGGACGUAUUACUAACGCGGACGAGGCAAAAGCUGCUGCCAUUUUUGAUGAAAUGGACGAACAACAGCCUCAACCUGAACGUCCACCGUCUAAAAUGCGCCGAUACUCAAACCCGGACUUUAACGCUUUAAAGCUCAACAAGAAGAACAUUUUCCAAUUGCACAGAGCCAGCACACAGCUCAGCCGACAGUACAAGAAAGCUUUCAAUUCGGUUCCUCAUCAAACCAGUCAUCAGGUAAGUAGUAUGUGGUCUAUACGAUGAACUUUCAAUUUUCGUUGUUUUGCAUGGCCAAUACAUAAGGAAAACACAAUAAUUUUUAGUUUACAAACGGUCAGAAGGUUUGAAAAUUUAUUAUGUUACCUAAAAUGAUGUAAUUUUAUUUCUUUUCUUGAUAUUGAUUGAAUUCUUGUACCAGUACCGACUAAAUUUCAAAAUGUAAUACCUAAUGUUUCAGUCCUCAAUGUCAGACGACGAUGUGUACGAGUACAGCGAUUCAGAAGAGGGCCAGGUGGAGAACGGUGUCUCGGAUUUUGUGUUUUUUCGUCCAACGUGA